UUUUCCAGGGAAUCUCUCAUCUUCCAGGGCAUUUCUCAUUUUCAGGGAAUCUCUCAUUUUCAGUGCAUUUCUCCUUUUCCAGGGCAUUUCUCAUUUCCAGGGAAUCUCUCAUUUUCCAGGGAACCUCUCAUUUUCAGGGAAUCUCUCAUUUUCCAGGGCAUUUCUCAUUUUCAGGGAAUCUCUCAUUUUCAGUGCAUUUCUCCUUUUCCAGGGCAUUUCUCAUUUCCAGGGAAUCUCUCAUUUUCCAGGGAAUCUCUCAUUUUUCAGGGCAUUUCUCAUUUCUAGGGAAUCUCUCAUUUUCCAAGGAAUCUCUCAUUUUCAGGGAAUCUCUCAUUUCCAGGGAAUCUCUCAUUUCCAGGGCAUUUCUCAUUUUCCAGGGAAUCUCUCAUUUCCAGGGAAUCUCUCAUUUCCAGGGAAUCUCUCAUUUCCAGGGAAUCUCUCAUUUUCAGGGAAUCUCUCAUUUCCAGGGCAUUUCUCCUUUUCCCGGCUCCCUUCACAGGAACACCGGGCUGCAGGAGGCCCCGCCCCGGCCCCGCCCCGGGGCGUGUCCGGAAGGGGGCGUGGCCAGCGCCGCCCGUCGCCGCGGGCCGGGCCGGGCCGGGGCCGCCAUCGCCGCCAUGGCCUGGGGCGCCUCGCUCGCCGAGUGCCUGCGCGAGUGGGAGGAGCUGCAGGACGGCUACCAGCGCAUCCAGGACAACCACAGGCUGUACAAGCAGAAACUCGAGGAGCUGACCAAGCUGCAGGAUGGCAUCUCCAGCUCCAUCGCCCGGCAGAAGAAGCGGCUGAAGGAGCUGUCACUCUCCCUCAAAAAAUGCAAAGGCCAGGCGACUCCCGAGCAGGAAGCAUCCAUCCAAGAGACCCAGAGCCUGAUUAAAGAGAGGCAGAACGUGUUCUUUGAGAUGGAGGCCUAUCUGCCAAAGAAGAACGGGUUGUACCUGAGUCUGGUGCUCGGCAAUGUGAACGUGACACUGCUCAGCAAACAGGCCAAGUUUGCAUAUAAAGAUGAGUACGAGAAGUUCAAGCUCUACCUCACCAUCAUCCUCCUCAUUGUCUCCUUCUCCUGUCGGUUCCUCCUCAACUCCAGGGUGACAGACGCCGUCUUCAACUUCCUCCUGGUGUGGUACUACUGCACCCUCACCAUCCGCGAGAGCAUCCUCAUCAACAACGGCUCCAAGAUCAAAGGCUGGUGGGUUUUCCAUCACUACAUCUCCACCUUCCUCUCAGGUGUCAUGCUGACGUGGCCAGAUGGGCUCAUGUACCAGAUGUUCAGGAACCAGUUUCUCUCCUUCUCCAUGUACCAGAGCUUUGUGCAGUUCCUGCAGUAUUACUACCAGAGUGGGUGCCUGUACCGGCUGCGAGCGCUGGGAGAGAGGCACAACAUGGACCUGACUGUGGAGGGCUUCCAGUCCUGGAUGUGGAGAGGCCUCACGUUCCUGCUUCCCUUCCUCUUCUUUGGGCAGUUCUGGCAGCUCUACAACGCCAUCACCCUGUUCCGCAUGCUGCAGCACCCCGAGUGCAAGGAGUGGCAGGUCCUCAUGUGCGGCCUCCCCUUCUCCAUCCUCUUCCUGGGCAACUUCUUCACCACCCUGCGUGUCGUGCACCAGAAGAUUCAGAACAAGAACCAGGACACGAAGGAGAACUGAAGUGGGGCACCGUGGGGGCCUGGACUGUUUCUGCCCUCUGGCUCCAUCCCCAAUCCCCAUCUCCUCAAUUCCGUCCGGACUCUGGUGUCUCAUGCCAUUCCUUGGAGGCCUGGGUGUGGGACAGAGCCUGGGGCCUGCUCCUGGACAGUCCACGUGCUCAGCACGGGGCUGG